CCUGGAUACUUGCAGCAGCCUGAAGCUGUCUGUGAUUAUCCUGAGCACGGAUAACAAGCCGUCACAAGUGGUUUCAGCUUUCUGUCACCAGCAUCUGCAAAACAAAACAAGGGGGUGGAAGAUGGAAACGUUGGAAAAAUGGAGCAGAGACAUCAUGGCACCUCAUCAGCUGGAUAAGAAAGAGCAGUCCAAACAAAAUGGCAUGAUUGCAAAAAAUCUGCUCAACUCUCUCAAGAUUCGCAAUCGUUUGCAGCUCCAGCCAAUUUCUCGUUCAGCAUGUGCCACUGGCUCCUGUCCUGAUCUGAUGAGUAGGAACGAGCAGCCUGACUCCCGGCCGCUCGCCAUGGCCCUGACGCCCCAGUUACCCCCCAGGACGCAUCGGCCCCUGUGUCUCUCAGUGUCCUCUGACAGCAAUGGACGCUUCAAAGCUCUGGAGACCCAGGAAUGGAAGAACAACCUCAAAGCUCAGAUGGAGCAGGCCCAUAGUGCUGGAGCAGCCAGCAGCACAGGUUCCCUGGAAAGAGCGUCUCUCUUUUGCGCCUCUGGCUCCACCACCACCUCCAGCUCUGGCCUCUCGAGUCCAGUGGAGCACCUCACCAAGAGCAAGUCCUCUAGUCGCUUUUCACUCUUCUCCCCACCUUGGAACAGUAGCUCCGAGUCCGACUCCAAUCCACCUUCCCGCUCCGGAUCCAAGAAAAUGCGCAACUACAGUCGCAGAGCCGGUCCCGGCAGUGCCAAAACAGGCCCGGAGACUCCAGAACCCAAGCAGAGCGUCCCUGAGCACUUCCAGUACUCAGAACCGGUCAUAUCUAAGGUUACAGACUACAUUUACGUGGGCAACCUGAACGCGGCGUAUAGCGGACGUACGUUGUGCCGCAACAACAUCGACAGCAUCAUUGACAUGAGCAGCCUGCCCGGGGAGACUUGUUUGAGAGUCAUUCCUUGCACUUGUUCAAGAGCCGUCAAGCAUAGCUGGUCUCGGCUCAAGGUGGACAUGAGCGACCUUCCGGAUACCGUCCAAGAAGGGCUGGCACUCAAGCAUCGCUGCUUCGAAGACAUCAAUGAGUGCAUCGAUGCUUCCACGGAGAAGCGGAAGCGAGUGUUGGUGCACUGUCGUGAUGGUUUUUCCCUCGCCCCCACUUGUAUUAUCCAGUACCUCAUGGUCAAACAAAACAUGAGGCUUAUUGCCGCCUACGAGCUGCUCCGAGCCAAACACCCCGUCAAUAUUCGCGAGUCCCAUCAGAACGUUCUGGUAAGUCUCGAAAGAGCUCUGAGACCGGGUGGGAACACGGACCCAGAGUGCUUUAAACAGGCCAUCUCUCGAAAAGUGGCUUGGACCUGAUAGCGAACCUUGGGGAACCUCAGCGUUUUGUAGUUUGUGCUUUUAUUUUGUACAUUAUAUCCUCGGUUAACAGUGAAAGGCAGCUUUUUUUGUGUGUGUUUUAACUGAGCUGGAUGUCAUGGUGUGAGUACUAACUGUGAAAAUUUCCUGAGUUGUUGUUCAGUUGCCAUUUUAGCAAAACAAAGAAUUUGAGUCAUUCGUUUUUGCUUCUGGCUAAACGAAACAAGAACAAACACGCUUUGUGCAGCUGCUAAACAUUGAGAUCUGUCUGGGAAUAUAUCUCCUGUUUAUUCUUCUUCAUCAAGUGGGUACAUAGCCAUGCUGUGGAGGUUUAUGCUGAGGAAGAAGUUCUCAGGAGACGAAACGAUGUCACAUAUGGCUGCAAACACCACUACUGGAGUACUAUCAACUAAACAUCUCAUACACUCUGUUAAGGACUAAACAUGAUUAGUCAUUGUAUCUGGCAGGACGAAGCACAACCCUUGUUGGCCUCCUUAUUCAUUUGACAGUUGGUUGAUAUUUCUGUGUUUAACCAGGGCUGAAAGAUACACAGUAAGAGUAGUCCUCUAUGAGGAGUCAUUUCAUUUAUUAAGUGUCUUUUAUUAAAUGUGUAAUACUCAACAUGUUUGAUCAUAUAAUUCAGUGCUUGGAAACAAUGUGAAUUUUGUGAUCGUGUAAAGCAUUGAAACUGGCCCACUUUAUACCUUUUAUGGAGUGCUGGUAUUUGGAAAAUGAGUUAAACCGAGUUGUGGAGCAACGCUCAAAGGCUUGAUAUUGCACUAACCACAAGGAAAUGCACAAGUUUUGCUGAAACGUGGCUUAGUUUGAUUUAAUGUUGCGCAGUGGAUAUAGAUCAAAAUAUUUUUAUUACAAUAAUGUUUAUGCUUAUCUAUACUGAUUGUUGUUCAUGGUUUCAGCUGUAUUUUAUUUAGCCAUUUAGAAAAAUGUAACAGCCCUAAUGGCACACGUAUGUCACCGAGACGUCUCGAAUGCAUGCAUUUUUUUUUUAAGAGCGUUAGCUAGUUUGCAAUACGUUGUAGACAUAUUCUGUGUCAGAUGUACACUCAGUUUGUACUGAAAGCGACUAAUACAACUAGGGCUGUCAAACGAUUGAUCGCGAUUCAUCGCAUUUGAAAUAAAAUUAAGUUUACAUACUUACCUACUGUGUAUAUUUAUUAUGUGUGUGUAUUUAUGUAUACGUAAUAAAUAUACACAGUACACACGCAUAUAUUAUGUAAACACAAACUUUUAUUUUAGAUGCGAUUAACUGCGAUUAAUCGUUUGAAAGGCUUACGGCAAACCUAGUUCCCUCUCAUUAUAAUCAAUAAAUCUAACUGUGUUAGGAGUGUUGAUUAUAACGUGAGCAAUCUAGUUUCACGUUACUUGUUUCUAGCAUAAACUGAAGAGUUUUUUGCAACAUUUAUGAUGUCUGCACACAAAUAUAACAUAAUGUGUCUUGGUGACGUACAUGUGCUUAAGGGGAAAUAUAUGACAUGGCUUCUGCUUGUCAGCAGUGAUUAUUCUAUUUUGAUAUUUAGUGCGCAGUUUGGUGAAGAAAGACCCUCCCUGAGUUUUGGUGCCUUUUGUUUGAACUCGUCCAGUGUGAUUAUUGUGACAUUCACACGCGCACACUGUAUGCACUCAUCAGGUAUAGACAAAUGUUGUCUUUACGCUUUGACAUGUUCAGGAAAUGCUCCAUGUUGGUGUAAUUUUUUUGUGAUGUAUGGCAGAGAUCAGUUUCAUCUGAAUACGCUGUUGUAAAGGUUUCAUAGCAGUGCUCACAGUGAACAGUGCCUGUACUUCAAUCAGUGUGGUGGUGACGUCAAUCAGUGUGAUCAUUACCCUUCUUCUACGGGCCUGCGGUUAGCUUCUUCUAACAUUAGCAAAGCUGUAUUUAGAUUCAAAUAGAACAUUUACCGUUGCUUUAUUCUUCUUCAUUAGCCUAUUUAAAUCUAUUUUUGGAUGGUUGAUCUCGCCCUGUAAAGGUCUAACAACAUGAACUCUCAGGUUAACUUUAUUGGCCUAGAAAACAUUCUCAAUGCGUUAGAAACCAGAAUAAUGUGAGGCAAUGUAUUUUCUGUAUCACGUUUUGGAAGAAAAUGCAUUUGUACAUGUUGAUAUUAAAGAGAAUCUGA